AUGGAAAAUGAAGGUAUUUACGAAGAAAAUGAUAAAGUAAAUAACCAGAAAAAAAAUGGAAUAAAAAGAGUUACUCGUAAAUGUCUUGAUCUAAUUGAUGUUAAAUGUAGUCAUUUAAUAACUCUAAUGAAUAAAAAUCAUUCUAGUGAAGUUUUAACAAAUUAUCAAUUUAGUGACGAUGAAAUAAAGUUUUAUUCAGAUGAAAAUUCUCCAAAAGAUAUUUACUGCCCUGAAAGUUCCUAUACAAAUGAUGAUUUUAAAAAUUUGCUAGGAUGGGUUCCUAGAAAUUUAAGAAUUGUUGAGCCUACUAGUACAGACUCUAUUCCUUGUGCUUUUUUCUUAUCUGAUAUUAUGUCUUUAAAAAAUGAUAAAGUAAUUUUAUAUUUACACAAAUUUAAUGAAGACUUAGGUACAACUAUUCCAACAGUGUAUGCAUUACAUAAAAAAUUAAAUAUGAAUAUAAUUGCCAUGGAAUAUUCUGGGUAUGGCGUAAGUUUUGAUAAUUAUGAGCAAAAACUAGUGUCUGUUGUUAAUGAUUCUUUUACUAUUAUAAAAUUCAUUGUAAAUUUUUUGAAAAUACCAUAUAAUAAUAUAUGUAUUUUGUGUUAUGAAUUUUUAGCUAGUUGUGCUAUAGAAGUGAUUAAUCGGCUUGAAUAUAUGCACGAAAAAAAGAUAUCAUUUGGAGGAUUAAUUAUCAUUAAACCCCAAUUUUUAGAAAUUAUUAAUAUAUCAGAAUAUAAGAAAGAUGAUAUUACAGAAAGAAAUAAUAUUUGUGAUAAUAUUGUGACAAGUAAUGGCUUAAUUGAUGAAUACAUUCAUCAAAGCAAAGAAGAAGACGUGAUAAUAAAUGAAGAGAGUACAAACGAACAAGAUUCAAGUAAUAAGUUGUUAAACGAAAAAAAAAGUAAAAUGAAUCUCAAAAAAUCUUUCCAAACAAACUCUUAUAUGAAAAGAGAGAAAAAGAUAAAUAAAAUGAACAAUAGCAAUGGAAAUGAGGAGAAAAUAAAGGGACACAAUAAGCAAGAAGAUAUUCAUAAAAAAAAAAAAAAAUAUAUGGAAAAAAUUAAUUUAAAUAAAAAAGGAAGUAUUUUUAAUAAUAAAAUAGUUUAUAAAGAUAUUUUGAGCACAAAUUAUCAUGCUUAUAAUGGCAUAAUUACGUGUGAUAUGUCUCUAUUUUAUAACAACAGUGCCUAUAAAAUCACAGAAAAUAAUGAUAUUCCUUAUUUAUUAAUGAAAAGAAUAUUAAAAGACACCUUUGAUAUAAAUCAUGUUAAAAGUUCUAUUAAAUCAAUCUCUUGUCCAAUUUUAAUUUUCCAUCCUGAAAAUUAUUCAUACAAAAAUUCUUGUUCCCAUAUUUUGCUAAAUAGUGCCAAUCAAUGUUUUAAAAAAGCUGCUUUUUCAUUUGAUUUUAUGAAUGAAGAUUUUAUCACAGCUUUUAAAUGGUUUUUUUCUGAAAAUUGUGAUUCUCAAAAAAAAGAAAAAUUGUUUAAAAAUUUAUUAUAUUUAUACAUACAUCCUAAAUAUGAUAAUUUUGAACAUAAUAAAAAGAAUAUAAACAAUGAUAUAAAUAAUGAUGCUAAUAAUAGUAUAAAUAAUGACCUUAACAAAAAUUUUAGUUCUUUUAAUAAUAAUUUAAAUAAAAGUUCUAAUAGUAAUUUAAAUAAUAAUUCUAAUGAUUAUGAUGAAGAUAACUAUAAUAAUAUCAGUACUAUAAAUAUUCCUAAUGAAAUUUUCGUAUGCCCAGAAAUAAAUGAAAAUAUUCACAAUUAA